GCGAACCCCGGAAAUACCUCGCACCGCUUUUUCCUUUCACAAAGACCUCGUUUGCAACCCUUAUCAAACCUCCGCGUCGGCAGCUAGCGCUCCAUUUGAAAGGAUCGGUUUACGGCACGGAAAAGUGGAAAUUAAACUCGGCGUGCGGGUUUUUGGAGCCCUUCCAGGGACGAGACCCACGUUAUGUGGGAGACGAGGGACGAACGCGCCCUCCCACCGUUGGGAGGGGACUCCCCACAUCACCUUCCUACGGACCCGCCGGAGACCGGCCUCCCCGGGUGCUCGCUCCUCGGUGCGGAGGCUGGAUCCCCCAAAGGCUGUGCAGCGCAGGGCAUUUCCAGUCGGAUUCAAGUUAGCCCAAGGCAGGAGGAAGCGCUGUAAACAACCGCUGAAUAUUUCUGUGUAUAAAGCAUCUUUUGCAGCUCAGGGUCAUGGUGCCAAAGGGGACAACAUCUACGAAUUUCAGAUCGAGUUCCUAGAACCGGUUGAACCUAAACCUGUAUGCAGGGUGACUCAAAGGCAGCUGAACAUCACUGUGCAGAAAAAAGAGAGUAACUGGUGGGAGAGACUCACCAAGCAAGAGAAGCGCCCGCUUUUCCUAGCUCCUGACUUCGACCGCUGGUUAGAUGAAUCGGAUGCUGAAAUGGAACUGAAGGUGAAGGAAGAAGAAAAGAUUAACAAAAUGAAAAUAGAAUCCAGAGUCCCAAAAGACCCUUUCAAACACCUGAAGAAGGGAUACUUAAUCAUGUAUAAUCUUGUACAGUUUUUGGGAUUCUCUUGGAUUUUUGUGAACAUGACAGUACGACUGUUCAUCUUAGGAAAAGAUUCCUUCUAUGAUACAUUCCACACUAUUGCCGACAUGAUGUAUUUCUGUCAGACCCUGGCAUUCAUGGAGAUCAUGAAUUCACUAAUAGGACUGGUCAGAUCACCGCUGAUACCUACUCUACUGCAGGUACUUGGAAGAAACUUUAUUUUGUUUGUUGUCCUCGGAAGCUUAGAGGAAAUGCAGAACAAACCUGGGGUGUUCUUCGUAUUUUAUUUCUGGAGUAUCAUUGAGCUGUUCAGGUAUCCAUAUUACAUGCUUUCAUGCAUCGGUAUUGAAUGGAAACCACUAACCUGGCUCCGUUACACUGCCUGGAUCCCUCUCUACCCCUUGGGAGCCUUGGCAGAAGCCGUCUGUGUCAUUCAAUCCAUGCCAAUCUUCAGUGAAACAGGGAAAUUUAGUCUGGGAUUGCCAAAUCCACUGAACGUCACAAUCCAGUUUUCAUUUUUGCUUCAAAUAUGUCUUAUAGUCUUGUUUUUAGGGCUAUCUGUAAACAUCCGUCAUCUCUACAAGCAAAGGAAACAGCACCUCGGACCAAAGAAGAGAAAGAUGAAGUAAAGGAGGACUGCAAUGCUUUCUUAUCUAACUUAUCUCAAUGACAAGAUAAGCCUCUAAUUCUUACGGUUUUACCCACUGUAAUGGAAAGAAUUUUGUAAAAUUAAAUGAUCACGCUAGAUUUCAUAGUGAAUUCAGGUAACAUUCCCAUAUAUUGUAUUUUGUUCCCUUUCAAUCACGUAUGCAUGGCAUUUACCAUUGAACAGUAACAUUUAAACCUGUAUCCUGUCAACUACCGUAUUAGAAAGAAAUCCUAUGAUCUGCAUAUAAUAUGCUUAUAAACAGUGGAGCGGCACUAAAUAGAAAAUAGUGUUUAUCUUUUAAUUGGAUAUUUGCUCUGUCAAUAUUGCAUGCAGAUAGGGCUUCUGAUGUCGGGAUAUACUACGAGCUGGCCCAUGCUGUUCCUAGGGUGCAUUCUGAUGGCAGGAGGAACGCGGCCACUGUGAACGGUAUUUGGGUGUUUAUUAAUGG